GGUUGUUUAUGGUGUUGGGUGUGGUAUAUCUUCUUGUUAGUCUGCCCUUUUUUACCCAGGAUUCAAUCGUGGAAUCCGGUUUUACUGACUCGAGAAGUUGGGCUGGUAGGUGAUGAGAGGUUUUGAGAUUUAUCGUUUGUUGGUACCGCAGUAUCUUACACCUUUGGAAACGCCAGAAGAAGAACAUCGAUUGUGAUUGUGAGAAUGGAAGAUCAGGGAUUUGUGUCGUUUCCGAUAGGGACGAUUGCUGGUCAGCAGCAACAACAACAACAACAACAACAACAACAACAACAACAACAACAACAACAACAACAACAACAACAACAACAACAACAACAACAACAACAACAACAACAACAACAACAACAUGCAACAGGGCACCAGUUCUCGGCUUCACCUAUUGGAACCACUCAGCCCGGACAGAAUGGAUUCUUUCCACCGCAGAGUAUGGACUCAACACCUCGCCCUCCUCGCCAUACGCAGCAACUACAUGUACCACCCCAGAGACAGCCCGGGAUGGCAUUAGCGUCACCACACCACACCACUCCCAACCUGUCCCAUCAAGCUCCUCCUGCCCAGCACAUCGACCUCCCAAGCAAUAUAGAAAGAAUGACCCAGACCAAAGCCGAGGUGGGGAAGAUGAGGGAGAUGAGGGAGGGUGGUGAGAGGCAUAGGCGAGCAGGAUCUCAAUCCCCUUCCUCCUCCCGGAAGUUCGUCAAACAUCAUGGCCAUUGGUACUGCGUCACGGGAGAGGGGAGCAAAAGGCGGCAUUCACGGCAUAAAGAUAAGAAGAGGGGGAGGGGGAGGGGGAGGGGAGACAUGGGGCAAGAAGCUGCUUGUGAUGUUGCUUACCAUAAGCGGUCAUCGAAAUUGGGUGUCCAUGCGCUUGCGCUGUACAGCAGAGGGUUGGGAGGUGAAUCAAGGAGGGGGAGUUCUGAAGGGGUUGUUGUUCAGUUGCAAGGGGGGAAUAAUUUGCAACAUCAACAACAACCUCCUCGACUUGGACCUCCUCCUUUGCUGCCACAUCACCCGGUGCAUCAUCAACCACAACCUCAGUUCCACCCACAGCAGCAACAGCAGCAGCAGCAGCAGCAGCAGCACCCUCACCAGCAUCACAAUCUUCAACAACAACAACAUCCUCCUCAUUUUCAAUCCCAACAAUCACAUCCGAUAUCUCAACACGGCUCCAACCCGACAUUCCCAGGUUGGAAAACACCACCUUCCGGGCCUGGAGGACCAGGAGGGUUGCACCCGGUUGGACCAGUUCCUUCAACUCAGGGGCAAGUCCCGGCAACUUCAGCAGGAUGGCCAGCAGCAGCAGCAGCAGCAGCAAGACCUCCAGCCGGGCCGUCUAUGCCAUUCAUGGCAAAACACAAUGGACCACCAGUUGGACCAGUUGGACCAAGCCAACAAGGCCUAUUCAAUGCCCAGCAGCUAGCCCACCACCACCCAAGCCUGGCCGCCCGUGUUGCUCCCUCGUCCGGCACUGGCAGCUUGAAUUCUUCUUCUUCUUCUCCCACCACGCUCUUCUCCAGAGCGAGAGGAGAUUCGGGGAGUGAGUCGACGGGGACUGGAUAUACUGAGCAGUAUACUGAUUCAGAGUCAGAGUCCGAGUCUGAGUCGGACAAGGAAAGUCGUAGCGACAGAGGUGGCUACCACCACCACCACCGUCACCAUCGCCAUGACGGCGGCCAUCGAGACUCACGCUCACGCGCUCAUGGUGCUGCUGGUAGUAGCCGGGGUUCUUCACGGUCAAGGUCUCGGUCUCGUUCGAGAUCGCCAAGAACCUCUUCUGUCUCUCAUUCCAAAUCCAGAAGGAGGACUUACGACAAUCGUCGACGGCCAUCACAGUCGCGGUCUCGUUCAAGGGAUAGGGCUGGUUCAAGGCCGCCGCGAGGGGACUACUCGCACUACCGUCGACAGCGAUCAGGGUCCUCCUCCGAGUCGCAAUCAAGGUCGCAGCACUCAAGGUCGCGAUCAAGGUCGCAAUCAAAGUCAAGAACGAGGAGGGUCUUCCACUCUCGUCGACGGCCACGCUCCUCCUGCUCACGCUCCUGUUCCUGCCAACGAUCUCCAUCAUAUCGAAACUACCAACACAGCAACAAGAAACAUCACCCCUGCCACCGCCAUUGUCAGCGUUGCUCCUCCAGUGCGAUUAUUCUGUCAGACGGGACGACGAGAAACGAGGAGUUCCUACUACGACGGCCCCCGCCGCCCAUGCCCAUCCAUCAACAACAACAACAACACCGACGAGCAAAUCCAGCAGACGAAAACCUCCUCGAUCGAAAAUUCCAAAACCUGCAGAUCAGUAGAAAGAAGAAUUCAGAGUACGCAGCGGCGGGCUCGUAUCGGUAUCUACCAGCUGAUAGGGAGAAAAGAUGGAUUGGGUCUGGGUCGUUGGUGAGUGACGUCGAUAGUCCCGAGCCAGCAGAGGUGAGGAAUUUUCGACUUGAUGCAGGUAGUGGUCGUGGUAGUCAUGCUGGUCGUGGCGGGUUGAGUAUAAGGGGUAGUAGGAGAAAUGAUGGAUGGGAAGAUGAGAGGCCUCGUAAUAGUGAUGAUAGGGGGAUGAACUUCCCACUUGGGAAUCAGGGACAUAGCAGAAAUCCCUUUGAUCCUUUGCCGAAGGGGUUUCCUGGACGUUAGUACAAAGGAAGGAAGCAGCCGCAACGUUUUGGGUUUGCUAGUGUUGGAUUUCCAGAGCCGGUCUUCUUAUUCAGUUUCCUAUCAUGGUAUGCAAUGAAGCUCCCUUUGGUCUUUUUUUUGGGAGCAACUACAGAAAGAUGUAAUCAAACAUAAGAUGGGGAAGAAAAGAUGUUGAUUUUUCCGCGGCCGCAACCCUAUCCUGCCCCUGUCCAAGAAACCGUGAAACGUGUACCGCUAAGCCAAAGCGAAGCUGUGACGGAAGAGAAAAGGGAAAUCUAUGAUACACAUCCCCCAGACCAUCGAUGAAUUGUAAAAACUGUUAAACAUGCUCACUCCUCUACUUAAUAUGAUUCCUCCCAGUCCCAUGACCAGUGACGCAUCCCGUAGCUUAUUCUUCCUGACCGAGUG